AAAAGAAGAUGAUGGUGAAGAGGGCUUUUUCCUUGGGAUUUGUUUGGUUUCUUCAACUAAUCUCUUCCAUUUUUUGUAUAGUAGAUCGUGGCCAAUUCUCUCCAUCUUUUCUUUUUGGAGCUGCAACCUCUUCUUAUCAGAUUGAGGGAGCUUACUUGGCGGGUAACAAAAGCCUCAGCAAUUGGGAUGUGUUCACACAUAUACCCGGUAAAAUCAACGGUGGAGGCACUGGAGAUGUGACAGAUAAUCACUACUAUCUUUACAUGCACGAUGUGGAGUUAAUGGGUUCCCUUGGAAUAAAUGCUUAUAGAUUCUCCAUCUCAUGGGCUAGAGUUCUCCCAAAAGGUAGAUUUGGAGAAGUUGAUCCUGUGGGAAUUGAAUUCUACAACAACCUUAUAAAUGCUCUCUUGAACAAAGGGAUACAGCCAUUUGUCACAAUAAACCAUUAUGAUCUUCCUCAAUAUCUUGAAGAGCGAUAUGGGUCAUGGUUGAGUAUUCAAAUGCAACAGGAUUAUACACAUUUUGCGGAAGUAUGUUUUAAAGCUUACGGUGAUAGAGUGAAGUAUUGGAGCACAUUCAAUGAGCCAAAUGUCACGUUGACACUUGGUUACCUCAGCGGGGUAUACCCACCCAACCAUUGUUCAUAUUCUUGUAAUUCCGGGGACUCCGAAAUUGAACCAUACAUUGCUGCACACAAUUUAAUACUAGCCCAUGCUAGUGCCGUCAACAUCUAUAAAAAAAAGUAUCAGGUCAAGCAAGGAGGUAUGAUUGGAAUUGUGGUAAAUGCUGCUUGGUAUGAACCACUCAGAAAUACUCCAACAGAUCGCUUGGCAGUUCAACGGGCUCUUGCUUUCGACAUUGCAUGGUUUUUGGACCCCAUAAUUUAUGGUGAUUAUCCUCCUGAAAUGCGCCAAAUUGUGGGUUCUAGGUUACCAAUAUUUUCAGAGAAAGAGAGAGAAUUAUUAAGCAACAAAUUGGAUUUUAUUGGAAUUAACCAAUAUUCAACACUAUAUGUCAAAGACUGCUUGUUCUCUCCAUGUGAUUUGGGUAAUCCUCGAGGAGAUUCCUUUGUGCAACUCACACCAGAAAGAGCUGGUGUUCCCAUAGGAGAUUCGACGGGGAAUCCAAUGUAUUACGUAGUCCCAUAUGGUAUGGAGAAAAUAAUUAUGUACUUCAAAGAGCGAUAUAAUAACACUCCAAUGUUCAUCACAGAAAAUGGCUAUGGUCAAACAAGUUAUCCUGGCACUUCUAUUAAAGAUUUACUCAAUGACACAAAAAGAAUAGAAUACAUAGAAGAUUACUUGGAAUAUCUUAAUGCAGCCUUAAGACAAGGAGCUGAUGUGAGGGGUUAUUUUAUAUGGUCUCUUCUUGACAACUUCGAAUGGACAUAUGGCUAUACUUUGCGGUAUGGACUUUAUUAUGUAGAUUGGGUUACACUAGAGAGAAUACCGAAACUGUCUGCUAUGUGGUACAAGCAAUUUCUCAAUGAAGAGAAGACACUGGAGCAAGAGGGCAGUGGCAUUACUACAAUACAUAAAUUGUAG